AUGGAUUCGGCUUUCAAGAAUGAGAGUUCUGAUACCGCUUGCGUACUAAUGAUGCCCACAGCAAACGGCAACAUGAGCUGGAAUAAUGGUGGGGAAUAUGCAACGCAAUCUUUCGGAGGUUUGAGGCAUUUAUCGGUGUUCUAUUUUUCCAACAUGCCCACUAGAAAUUCUCGCAGUGAACAAAUUUCCUUUAUCAAGAAUUUCUUCCUUGUCAAAGGAGCCCUGAUACUGGAGCCUGAUUUUUCUAAACUUACUAAUGCAGCCUGUGCUGGUCGCCGACGAGACACUGAUCACCGUUUCUUGACUAUCUUGUUCGGCUUAAUUCAAUCUGUCGCCGGAGUUAUGCAAGUAGUAAGUCUCAAUGCGUACCGGAGAUAUGAUCGGAAGAGAACACUUAAAUAG